AUGGUUAUAUUACAAAGAGUAUUCUUAAUAAUUGUAUUGUAAUGGCUAAUAAUCAGGUUAGUUAGAAAAAUUAAAUAUUAGUUGGAUUUUUAUUUGCCUGUCUUUUGUUAAUCUUAUUCUGAAUGCCUAAAUUAGUUUUUAUCGGAGUAAUUAGAUGAAAAAUGUCUUGCUUUUAUUUUUGUAAAUGAUUUUAGUAAAUCAUUAAAUACAAUUUUCGAUACUGUAUUACCUUUCAACCAAAAUCAAUAAUCUAAUUGUUUAUCUUGGUUAGUAUUGAUUAUUUUCUCAUUUAUUGCUGAUAAUUUUGGUAGAAAAUUGUCAUAGUCAAUUUCUGGGGCCAUGACUUCAUUUGAAGCCCUCUUAGUUAAAGUAUUCUAUAUUUUUAAUAUUUAAGUUUGAUAUGAACUAAUAGAUGUUAACUAUAGUUCUAUUCUUUUUAAGUUUUCGAGAUAUGCCGAUAAUUAAUGUACAUUAUUCAUUUAUUAAUGAACUUUCCUACAAUUUAAUUAUAUCAAAGAUUUUAUAUAGAGAGUAAUUUUAGGGAGGUCUAAAAUGUUUGUGUCAAAGUGUUUUUUCCAAUUUGUAAAUUUGCUAUAAUAGCAUUAGCAUAUUUUAUUACUUAUUGGAAAUGGUUAGAAAUUACAAUUGCAAUACCAUAUUUUUUAUUAAUUAUUGGUAGUCUUUUGAUAUUUGA